AUGCAGAAGCUUACGAGCGAUGAGCAUGGUUUAGGCGUUUCCGUAUCCACCACGCCUCUGGAGGAAGCGACCCAGGGGAACGCGCCAACCGGACGUAUCAUGGCAGAUGAGAAGGAGUUCUCGUCCUUUGACGAGAGCGCCUGGAAGGCACAAGAUGCCGCUGAUGAUCGGGAAAUUGCCCGGUUGUUAGAGCAGAGUCAAGAAGGAGGCAAUAACUCUCUCAAGCUUGAUGACACACCGUUUGAUCAAAGCAACAAGGCAGAUGACGCACAGGACUUUGAGGAUAUCAGCGACGACGACCUCCCCGAUGAGGAGCCAAGCGCCAGUACCUCGUUGGAGAUGCCGGCGCUGACUGAUGAUGGGGGCACCAGCAACGAUGCAGACGAUUUGUUUGGAGAAGGGCCAUCCUCCCCGACAGACCCCAUUUUGGGUCCUCCAUCACCGGGUCCUCGUGUUCGCGACACUGACACGGGCGAUGACUCUCACCCUGUCGACUCGAGCCUCAGUUUUGCAGCCAUUAAUUUUGACCCAGAUCCUCAUUUGAACGGGGCCGCGAAUCAAGAUCCCGAUAUCCCAGCGCCGGCCGAAACAGUCGAGGACCUACUCAAGGCCGCCUGGCCAGCUUACAAGAAGGGUCGUGUAUUGACUUGGAGCGAACUCCUGCCGCCCAAGAAGGCUAUCUGGAAAGAAAAAAAGCCCCUGAAGAAGCCGAAGCAUCUUGUCACCAGCAAACUCAAUCUUGACCCCGCUGCCGAUCAAGAGAAAAUGUUUCGCAUUCCUGGCACUGCAACUUCCUCGUCUAAGCACCGAGCCCUCGAAUUAUCACACGCAGGACUUAUUCGCUGCGCCAAGGAUGGCUCUAACCAAGAAGAGGACAGGCUGCAGUACGACCUCGAGCAUGAGUCCGACUCCGAAACCGUCAUGGGAUUCACCCUGCGGGAUAUUGAGCUUGCCUGUGAGGACUGGUCUGCGCAAAUCAACGGAGUAGAGUCGGAAUUUAAGAGGCGCGCGGCUGCUGAAAAGGAACCGCUACGGCCCAAGAAACAGGUCGAGGACCAAGACGAUGAAUGGGAUGCCGAGUUUCUGAUGGAUACAACAGAUGGACAAACCCAACAGCCGAAGAAGAAGAGAGCAAUCAAGUUGGGCCUCCCAGACAUUCCUCGAUAUACUGCCCCCACGUUCGACAACUUUGAGGAUGCGACACGAAGGGGAGCCAAGAGAGUUCAUCUGGACAUGAACGACCCGCACCUGCUGCUGGAAACUGACAUGCAUCUUCGUGCGAAACGACCGCGUCUGGAUUCAAAGGUCAAGCGUAUGGCGAACGGCAACAUGGGUCGAGAUAUAUCCCAGCGAUUCAACCUCUCAAACGACGAAGCGUACGAGCUGCUUAAAGAAAACCACCAGAGUAAAGUGCGCGCCACUCUGGGCAAUAUUUCCGUCGAACACAGUAUGCCCGCCAUCAAGUUGUCGUGGCCGUACUACAAGGUUAAGCUCGGUGGUACCACAGACGAAUAUCAUCGCCCUCGCUUCCGCUACAAAAAGUUCGCAGGUCAUGCCAUCAAAUUCGACAAGCCGCAGCAUCAUAAGCGCAAGUUAAUGAAGGGCAAGGCGCAUGAAGUGUAUCGCCUCUCAAAGGAUCUUAGUCUUAGCGACAACUCAACAGCGGUGCUUUUUGAAUACUGCGAGCCUAGACCACGAGUCCUCAACAACUUUGGCAUGGGUACCAAAUUGAUCAACUAUUAUCGACGCAAGGACAACAAUGAGGAUGAUCAGCUACCCAAGCAGGAGCUUGGUGAAUACCGCAUGCUGUUGCCGGAGGAUCGGUCACCAUUCUCCCUGUUUGGUACCGUUGAUUCUGGAGAGACAGUGCCCACACUGCACAAUGAGAUGUACCGGGCGCCGGUGUUCAAGCACACGCCUCGUGGAACCGACUUUCUGGUCGUCCGAAGCACGACUGGUGUAGAAGGCUCAAGAUGGCACCUACACAAAAUCGACCACUUACACGUCGUCGGCCAAACGUUUCCUUCCGUGGAUGUCCCUGGCCCGCAUAGCAGACGAGUCACGAAUGCAUCUAAAAACAGAAUGAAAAUGUUGGCUUUCCGGAUGAUAAGGCACAGCCAGAGUGACAACUGCCAGCUGUCAAGUAUUACGAAGCACAUUGCGGACUCCACUGACACGCAAAACCGACAGAAGCUCAAAGAAUUCCUGCAAUAUGAUCGGGAUAGCGACGAGAAGGGUAUGUGGCGACUGAAACCAAAUGAGGUCUUGCCAGACGAGAAUGCAAUUCGCGCCAUGAUUAAGCCGGAAGAAGUGAGCCUUCUAGAUGCCAUGCAGCUAGGUAUCAAAGAGCUUGAGGAUGCUGGCUACGAUCCGCGAAACGCCAACAUUGAUGAUGAUAUCAUGGAUGUUGAUGCUGAAGAGGACGAUGAGGAUGAAGCUGGAAGCAAAGCGCCCAAGGGCGCAAAGAAGCCAGGCGAAAAGCAGGAAGAGACGCUGGCUGACAAGAUGGCACCUUGGAAAACUACAAAGGCCUUUAUCGACGCGUGUGCUCAAAAGGCAAUGCUGCAGCUACAUGGCGAGGGUGAUCCAACAGGCCACGGCCUUGGAUUCAGUUUCAUUCGAACUUCGAUGAAAGGUGGUUACAUUGAGGCCGUUCAGGGCCCAUUGGCUACGUCAGCCGACGCCAUGGAGCGUGAGAAGCGUGCCAACGGCGGUCACGCCUACAACGUCAAGAAACAGCAAGCAAUGUACGAAGAAGGUAUCAAGGAGAUUUGGGAGAAGCAAAAGACGACGCUUUCCGACCCGCAAGAACACGAUGACAAGGAUGUGGCUGUAACCGAAGACGAAGAUGAUAGAUUCAACGUUCACGCCGCAGCGACUCCAGCGCAGUUCGACGACGGUACGAGUCAAAUUAGUGGGUUUACAUCUGCUAGUCGCCACCUCAAGAAAGCAAUUCGCAUUACGAGAGAGGUUCGUCUCCCAGACGGGACCACUCAAUCACGGAGCGAAGUCGUUCACGAUCCCGUCGUCAUUUCGCAGUAUAUGAAGCGACGGACUGAGGCGGACUUAGAGCUUAAGGAGUACGUACUCAAAACUAUUCAAAGAAGAAAGCGUGGCAAGCCACCGCCAAGUUGGAGGACACUGCCGCGGUCUGUCAAGGCACUGCACACUUGGCGUUGCUUGCGUGACAUGUAUCCACCGCCCAAGGGACGACAAGUGCCGUCUCCAGGUGCUGAUACUGAUGUAAUUGGAUUCGAACUCAGGGCACCUGCUUACGUAUAUCUAUCCACAGCAUCUACAGCUCCAGACCUACAGGUAAUGCCGACCAUGACCGUCUUGCAGGCAUUAGAAUCAAAAAGGAGCUCGAACGACUCGAGAAGAACAAAGCACGACGACAGGCCCGAGAACAGCAGAAAGAAUUGCAUCACAAGGCCAGCACUGGUGACGCUGGGUCACCCGGCGCUAUUGACAAGGUGCCUACAGGCACAACUCGCAAGUGUGCCAAUUGUGGACAGGUUGGGCAUAUCAAGACAAACAAAAAGUAUGGAAUCCCUAGUAUCCCCUCCUUCAUCUCCAUCGUUGGAUUGGUUUGAGGUUGUCUCUCGCGAGGAAGGUAAUGAAGAUACUCGCAAGAAGAAGAAGAGAAAGACGUCAGUCCUGCGCCGUUUGAUGCAGGCAUCAGACCGUGAAGCUAGGCAUGCGGAAGUGCGCCGUCAAGUUGACGAGAGAGCUGCAGCCAAACUGGCGAGAAGGGACUUGAAAGAGGCAGAAAGGUUGAAAGUUCAACGUGAACGUGAGCAAAAUCGGGUGAGAAUGGCGCAGGAAAAAGAAAAGGCAAAGAUGGAAGAGGAAGCAGCGAAGGAACGGAAGAGGAGAGCGCAGGAACUGGCUCGCAACGAAAAACGACUUCAAGCGGGUGAGCAACGUCGCAAGGCGCAAGAAGAGAAAGAACAGCGUCGAACUCGACGUCUUAGGCUGGAAGAGGAGAAACAGAGGAAGAGGGAGGAAAAGAAAAAAGCUGCCCCCAAAUUCAAUUAUGGUCGUUGCCGGGGAUGA